AUGAUUUUCAACGUUCUUCUACUUUGUGGCAUAAUUGCAAAUGCCAUGCCAAUUCAGGAAUCCGGACCUUGGUCCAAGGUACCUGAGUUCACAAAUAUAUUUGCCUUCUACACGACAGUCGGUUUCCAGUACAGUGGUUCACAGCCAAAUGCCUCGAAUCCCAUCGGGAACCCCGCUUUACCUGGAAAGACAACCUCCGGCGGGUAUAACUGGGUCGACAACCUGGUUACCGAGUACAACACAUCACUUGUCCUUGCAUACGACUUCGCGAUAGCGGGAGCUACGGUAGACGGGGAUCUCAUCCCGCCCUACCAACCCGCCGUGAAGUCCUUUGUCCAACAAGUGGAAAUCUUCAAAGAUCACUACUCGAAUACCUCCGGUACCUGGGACCCGCAAAAUUCGCUCUUCACGGCGUGGUUUGGGAUGAAUGACAUCCCGAGAGGCGAAAACCUGACCGACUGGACAACGAUCUUUCGAGAAACUAUCCAGCAAUAUCUCACCCAAGCUCAGGACCUCUAUGAUGCUGGCUCCCGGUAUUUUGUCUUCCUAGAGGUCCCGCCCCUCCAGCGCACGCCUCUGAUAAGCCAGGGAUCGGCAGCGGUGCUGAAUGCCACGAUUUUUGACGUUGACAGAUUCAACAAAGCAAUUCGCAAGGGAAUUAGAGAGUUUGCGCACCACAAUAGAGAAGCCACGGUGUGGAUUCUCAACACUACCAGUGUCUUCGACAAGGCCCUCGACAAUCCGACUGCGUAUGGGGCUCCAGAUGCGGCCUGCUACAAUUCCAAUGGAGUUAGUUGCCUCUGGUGGAAUAAUUACCACCCUGGUCAGGCCAUUCAAAAACUUGUCGCCGAGAGUAUCUCGAGAUUGAUCAAGAGUAGGGUACAUGCGAUAUAA